AUGAGUUUCCUGUCGUCGCUAGGACAGUACGUCACGAGUGUGGCGGACAGUGUCGCGGGGCUGGCGCUGUCGCCGCGCCGCGCGCCGCCCGCGCGACACCGCUCCGCCGAGGAGUCGCAGGCGCAGCAGCCACAGCCCUCCACAGCUACUAUGCGGGACAAACGACGAUGGUGUCGACGACGUCGUCGACAAGCCGCCACAACGGUCAACGACUUCUUCGACAUGCCUCGGCGACGGCCAACGACGUCGUCGUCAUGCCGCGGUGACGGUCGACGACGUCGUCGACAUGCCGCGGCGCCGGUCAACGACUUCUUCGUCAUGCCGCGGCGAAGGUCGACUACGUCGUCGACAUGCCGCGGCGACGGUCAACAACUUCUUCGUCAUGCCACGGCGAAGGUCGACGACGGCGUCGACAUGCCGCGGCGACGGUCGACGACGUCGUCGACACUAAUUCGGUCGGUCUGGUUUCCCCGCGUAGUGCCGACGGAGGGUGCGUCGGCGCUGAGUGCGCGGCGCCGCACGCUGGACUGCCUCGCCCCCGCCGCCCCUGUGCGCCGUGGGGGCUCUCUGCGCAUGCCCCGCCACCAGCCGCCCCCAGAAAAACCCGCUAUGGCCUUCUGCAAGCGGCGGCUCUCCUGGCCAGAGGUUGACAACUCCGUCAAUUCGGGGGUUCAAGAGACCGAUGGGUCGUACUUCGAGAGCUUUACGGCGCUGUCGUGGCGGCAGGAGAACCGGCGGCUGGCUGCGCUGCGGCUGGCCGAAGCCCGGGCUGAGCGGCCGCCGCCGGCGCCGCAGGAACUCGGUCUACCGAGCGUCUCUGCACACCUGUCCGCUAAGGAACACGACCAUCUUUAUACUGAGGUGCUGUACUGUAUCGAGAACGCAGUAGGCGCUCCAGCCCCAGACGGUCAGUACGCGGCGUACAAGGAAGAAGUAAUUGAGUACGCACGUCGUGCGUUCCGCGUGCCGCCGGACACGCACGCUCGUGCCGUGCACGCCGCGGGCAGCGAGCGCCCGCCUACGGUCGUGCUCGGUGUCGCUGUGCUCGAAGCUGACGGACUCGAGGCCAAAGAUGCUAAUGGAUUCAGUGACCCGUACUGCAUGUUGGGCAUCCAGCCGGCAUCGCUGCCGGCAUCCCCGCGGGCCUCCGAGGACGAGGGUCGCAAGCACGGGUUCCGGCUCAGCUUCAAGCGCCGUGACGGGCGACAGCAGCGCGACAGCCUCGGCCGCCUCCCCGCGCGAUAUAUCCGCGCGACAAGCGUCCGACCACACACACUCUCACCGAAAUGGAACGAGACUUUCAAAUUCGACAUCGACGAUAUAUCGUCGGAUGUGCUGCACCUAGACAUCUGGGACCACGACGACGAGAGCUCGGUGCUGGACGCGGUGUCGCGGCUCAACGAGGUGCGCGGCGUGCGCGGCCUCGGACGAUUCUUCAAGCAGGUGUGCCAGAGCGCAAGACAGGGCAGCCAGGAUGACUUCCUCGGUUGCGUGAACAUCCCACUGCGCGAGAUCCCGUCGACUGGCGUGGAAGCGUGGUACAAGUUGGAGGCGCGCUCGCAGCGGUCGUCGGUGCAGGGACGCAUACGACUGCGGCUGUGGCUGUCGGCUCGUGAGGCCGGCCGACAUGAUGACGACAACUAUCAACAGGUGCGUCAACAUGAGCGCUUGUUCGGCGUGCUGCUAGCUCAUGAGCUGGAGACUGCAGCGUCGCAGGCGGCGGCAGCAGCGGCGGCUGGUGCGGAGGCCGAGAACACCAGCGCCGCGUGGGAGGGCGAGCUGUGCGGCGCCGCGCAGACUCUGCUGCAUCAACACGCUGUGCAGGGGGAUUUGAGCUCAUUACAAGCUGCCAUCGCACGAUUCGCCGCCGCCUGCCGACUUAAUAGCGACGCUCCCGUCGACCCAAAAUACAUGUUCAAACUGCUGACUGAGUUGGAGAAGGCGUGGUGUGCGUGUGAAGCGAUGAGCGGCGGCGGAAGCGGGGACUCAAGCGGCACGGCGUCGCGCGACGAAGAGCGCUGGUUGGCUGAUUGCUUCUGCGAGUUCGUAGAUCGCGCGUUACAUCAGCUGCGCUUGCACCGAGACUUGUAUCCUGUGCUGCAUCACCUAAGCUUGAACAAGUUAGAGUUUCUCCUCCGGUGUCUCAGUCAACUGGCUCAGAUGAAAGCGUUUUGGCGGUGCUGUCCUUUCAAUAAGGAAAUAAGGAGCGAAAUAGUGGGAGCCCUUCGCAAAGGAACAGCGGAGUGGUACGAGGCACUGUGUGCGCAGGAUACGGAGUCGGAGCGCGGGGAGGACCUGGUGAACCUCAUCACGCUGGUACAGAUUGACCUGCAACAGGGACUCACAUACUACCACCCGCUCUUCGAAACGACCAACAACGUGCCGUAUUUUCACGUAGUGUUCAUGCAAAUAGACAAAAUGGUAUCAGAGGAUGUGCGGCAGUGUGUCGACCACUGGGUGAAUGAAGGCUGGUGUGGAGUUGCUGAAGAAGAGAUCUAUGAUGAACAAGGCAACGGAGUAUGCGUGGUGUCCGCAAAGACCUUGCCGUUCGAGGUGCUGGCGGCGGUUCGCGAGUUGUGCGCGGCAGCUGCACCCGCGCCUUCUAAUCCUCAUGAGCCUCCCGCGCAUCUAUUCAGCGCGUACAUGUGGUUCGAGCCGCUCAUCGAUCGCUGGCUGGCAGUUACGAAGACCAUGGCCCUGCAGCGAGUCCGCGCGGCCGUCGAACUUGACCGGUCGGUGGAGGGGGAGCAUCUUGUUAAACACAGCACCUCUUCGGUAGACACGGCGGCAUGCCUGUACCACAUGCGGCUUGUGUGGCGUGCGAUAGGCGGCGCGGAGGAGGGGACGGUAGGGGGAGGACUGCGACUCCUGGAGGCGGCCUGUGCCACCGCCCUGCACUACGCUGAUUUGGUCCACGGCGCACUCGCCGACCAAGGAUACUACGAAAAUCACGGCCAAAACAAGACGACGGAGGAGAUAUGCACGAUCGUAAAUAACUUGGAGUACGUGCGUCGUUCGCUAGCCGAGUACGACGACGAACACAUAGAGACGUAUAGGUUGAUGAUGACGAUACAGGAGCAUGUAUCUGUACGUAGUGGCAAUGACGACAACGCCCGUCAAUUGGUGCGCGGUGCCCUUGGGACGCUGGACGCCCGCGCCGCCCGCGCUGCCAACCCUCUAGCGGCCCGGGCGCGACCACCACUCCGGAAGGCAGUGUUCCACCUGGCUUGGUCACCAGAUACCCUGCCUUGCCCUCAGGCCAUAACUCCUCUGUUGGAGUUCCUAGAUCACCACUUGUCGCAACUAAAUACUUGGUUGCUCCCUCGCGCAUUCACUCGUGCUUUGGCCGGUUGCUGGAGCGCUGUGUUGAAGGAAGUCUCCACACAAGCAGACGCUGGUGGCGCUGAACGCCCGAGAGUCUACCACCACCGGCUAAGAGAGGCUCUGGAUUUACUGGCAGAGUUCUUCCAUGCCGAAGGAAAAGGUCUUCCAAUGUCAGAGGUUCACAACGCAGAAUGGGCGCGCCUGGAACAACGCAUGCAGUAUCACCAAGCUCCUACUGAAGAACUACUGGAGCUCUGGUUGGCUGACAGACUUGCAGACCAAAUCCGCACACCGUUGCCGUCUGCGUACGGAUCCAUUUUAGUGAGGGUGUAUUUCAACCACGAUUCGCUGUGUGUGGAGGUACUGUCGGCUCGUGACGUCAUUCCUCUGGACCCCAAUGGGCUGAGCGAUCCGUUCGUAGUACUAGAACUGCUGCCCAAACGUCUUUUCCCAAAAGCUCACGAACAGCAGACUAAUGUUCAGAAGAAAACUUUGAAUCCUGUGUGGGAUGAGUGCUUCGAGUUCGCGGUAUCACUGGAGUCGUGCCGGUCGCCGCAGGCGGCGCUAGCGCUGUCGGUGUGGGACCGGGACGUGCUCACGGCUGAUGACUUCGCCGGUGAGGCGUUUGUGGCCCUCUCCCGCAUCCCGGGGGUCAACAGUCACGCACCCCCGGAUCCACUGCGCCCUCUCGAAUUGCCGCUUAUGCAGCUGCACGAUCGCAAUCACCCCAUCUUACAGAUACUAGAGUCUCGUACAACGGACAAACUAGCUGUGGAUUUCGUCAAAAAACAAAAGUUAAGAUUUGCUGAACAGUAAAUAUUACUUUGUUUAUCUAACUUCAUAUCAGUUUUGAAAAUUGAUUACCUAUAUUAUUUACAUUUACGCACAACGUCCAUCAAAUGUCGACAAUAUUAAACAAAAUAUAUUUUAAAAAGAAAAGAAUUUCAUAUUUAUAAAAUCAAAAUUUAGUUAUUUACUUAUAUUGAUAUAUUUAUUGUUAUGUAUAUAAGCAUUUAUUGUAUUAAGAAAGUCACUUACAGUAUUAUUGUAUAAAAUACUACAAGACUGUGUAAUUCAUCUAUUCAUGAGAGAAACGUUUAUUGUGAGUCUUCAAAUUUUAUAUGUGUAUAGAUAGUGCACCCUCGGAGCUUAUGUCCCUAGUCGUUAGUCUCUCUUAGAAGUUCCCGACCAAGUACUUUAAGGUUCGAUAUAAACCAUUAAUUCAAUUGACAUAGGUAUCAACCUCCAGUACUGUAUACGUAUCCUUGCCAAAUCCGCGCAACAAGUGUAUAUGGCAGAAGUCUACACAAACGAAGCGCCGCACUUUCAGUGUCUAUAUGUAGCUGCAUGCAUCAUAUGUAAAUAGAUACCUACCAGUUUUUACCAAGUACUAUUUUGUUUGUACCUUUUGUAUAUCCAAUUUUAUAUAAUGCACUCCGCUUUAUGGACACUUUAUGUAUUGUUUUAUAACUGACUUUACUGCUCAAUGCACUUUACAUUUGAUAACAUAUUUAUUGCAACUGUACUCGCUUUAAAUGGAAAUAAAAUUAUAAAUCACUUGUAUUUUCUACCGAUGUUGUAAUGAAACGAGCUUUUUACCUCUUUACUGUCCAUCAUACUAAACCUUUGUCUUUGACGACUGAUUUUCAUCGUUAGUUUAAUAAAUGUAAAAAUUUUAUAACUUUAUGUGAAAUGUUCAUUGUGUAUACAAAUGUAUUACUACUUUAUAGAGGAACAUAUUGUAUUGAUGUUUAUUAGCGAAUGACUUUAUCGAAUCCAAUAUUAUGGUGUAACAAUUAGCAUACAGUGUCUAACAUAAUCUUACGUUAAAACCAUGGAAAGCUCAUAAUAUAAACGUACCUAACUGGAAAGUGUUAUUUAAUAUCGUGAACAACAGUAGAUAUACUUAUACAUUAAGAUUUAUAUCGUCUGUGUACCACUGCUGAGUGUCUCCUGUCGAUACGAGGAAAAGAAUGGAUCCAUAUCUAAGUCAAACCUAAUCAUAUCGCGGAGCUUUUAACUAUAUCAACUUACCUUCAUAAGAUUUGCUACAACAAAUUAUGAAAUCAAAGUUUUUGAAUCUUGGUAAUACGAACAAGACCAUUCCAAAAGUCAAUUAAAAUUAAGCUAUUUACAAAAAAGUUCUUUUACAUUUUGGAAUUAUAGAGAAUAUUUUUAUUGCUGAUCGCUUUUGGUGAUUAAAACAUUUUUUUAUACAAAAAUAACUUUUUAUACGUACUUAAAUAAAGUAUUGAAUGUUAAUUCGAUCCAGAGCCGCAUUUGUCACAUGAAUAAAUAUUUCCUUGUGAGAACAAUUACAGAGAUUGUUUAGAAACGUUAGAAAAACGAAGAGGAAGGUCCUCGAACGGGAGGGAAAAUAAAAUACUUGAAAAAAAAAAUACAUACAUAACCAUAUUCUGUAAGUACUUAUAAGAUGUGUGUGAUAUUAUGCAGAAUUCAAGUCUAUGUUAUAAAUUCUCUGCUAGAGCUCAAGAAGCUGAAUAUGGAUGUCUUAUUUACUUACCUACUUUACUGCGGUGUAUGUAACAUUGUCACAUUAUUGACAGUUGUGUU